ACAGACCUUAUGUUUGGACACUACCGCGGACGUAACAUAGCAGUGUGGUCUUUAAAUUUACGUUAAUCUCUCAUUUUUACGGGUGUAAUAAGUCGUGUAUUAUGUGAAAAACUGCACUUUAUUUAUUAUUGGUGUCAAAAUAGACUCGACUCGUCUCAGUGAACUUUGAAGCUUGUCAGGCUAGUUUAGCUUAGCUUGCUAGUUAGCUUAGCUUGCUCGCUGCUAUCAAAGAGACGCGGAUGUAUCAAUACAUUGCUCAGCAGAGAUCGAAUAUGAGUGUAUGUGUUGGGUGAAAAUGUGCGAAAGAAGGGUAGCAGAGUACGAGGAGGAACUUUCUCGAACAAAAGAGAAGGAGCGACGUCAACUACUGGACGCAGUUUUCAAGAAGCCUCAAGGUGUGUUACACAUAACAGAUGUCCCGCACCUGAUUGGAUGUCAGCAAGAAAGUCUCACUAUGUCACAGGGGGGUAGCUCAGGGGGGGAACAGCCCCCUCAUUUUAAAGAGAAAGAGGAGGAGCCACGGCGCCAACACAAUAAGGAGGAAUACAAGGAGCCACAAACUUGUCACGUAAAACAGGAAGAGGAGUAUCCACAACCCAACCACUUUAUAGAGGAAGAGGAGGGAGAUUGUCUUCUAGGGCAGGAGGAGGCGGAUCUCACCAAGUUUCCACUGACUGUUGUCUCUGUGAAGACUGCAGACCAUGAAGACCAACCACCUGAGUCCUCACAGCUUCAUCACAGUCCAAACGUCCAGAAGCUGAUUGGUUAUCAAGAAGAACCUCCCUUUCUGUUGCUGGAGGGAAGCUCACUUUUGAAGCAGGAGGAUCCUCAUCCCCCCCACAUUAAAGAGGAAGAGGAGAAUGUCUGGAUCACUCAGGAAAGAGAGUGUCUUCUAGGGCAGAAGAAGGCUGAUCUCACCAAGUUUCCACUGACUGUUGUCUCUGUGAAGACUGAAGACAAACCACCUGAGUCCUCACAGCUUCAUCACAGUCCAAGUGAGGAGAAGAGAGAGGUGGAGCCUCCAAGCAGAAGCUCACCACAACACAUGACAACAGAAGCUGAUGGAGACCACUGUGGAGGAUCACAAGUAGACAACCUUUUAGCUCCACUAUCAGAUAGUGACGACUCAACAUCACACAUUAAUGUAAAUAUGAAAUCACACAUGAAAACAUACACAGGGAAAAAAACUUUUGAUUGUUCAGUUUGCGGUAAAAUAUUCUCCCUAAAAUGUAAUCUUCAAACACACAUGAAAACACAUACAGGAGAAAAAUCUUUCAUGUGUUCAGUUUGUGCUAAAGGCUUUGUUAAAAACUCUGAUUUGACUCGACACAUGAGGACACACACUGGAGAAAAACCUUUCAGUUGUUCAGUUUGCAGUAAAAGAUUAUCUCACAUAUAUCAUAUGCAGAGACACAUGAGAACGCAUACAGGAGAAAAACCUUUCAGUUGUUCAGUUUGCGGUAAAAUUUUCUCUGAUAAACAUAAUAUGCAAGUACACAUGAGAACACAUACAGGAGAAAAACCCUUCAUAUGUUCAAUUUGUGCUAAAAGCUUUGUUACAAAGUCUGAGUUGUCGUGUCACAUGCGAACGCACACCGGAGAAAAACCUUUUAUUUGCUCAGACUGUGGCAAAACGUUUUCGCAGAGGAAAACGAUGCUCUCACAUAUGAGAACACACACAGGGGAAAAACCCUUCAGUUGUUCAAUUUGCGGUAAAUUGUUCUCCCUAAAAAGUAAUGUGCAAAUACACUUGGCAACGCACACGGGAAAAAAACCUUACAGUUGUUCAGUGUGUGGUAAAGGAUACACUGACAAACGUGUAAUGCAAAGACACAUGAAAACACACACAGGAGAAUAACUUUCUUUUUGGAAGUCCUCUGUCAAUAGACUCUGGCAAAGUCAACAAUGGUCUACUGAAGGGCUUCUCUAAAGUUGAUCCAGGUCCGGAUCACAAGUCAGUCUGGAUCCAGUGGGGACCCAGCCAGCCCACUUUAUGAUAUUAAUUACAAAACACUUUCAAGUUUCUUUUAGGUCCUGGUUAAAUAUGACAUUAACAAAUGAGUUGUAAUGUUAAAUACAGUGUUUUUAAAUAUGAGUCACUUGAUCCUAUAAAAGAGAACUGCACUUUUUAGGGGAAUUUUGCUUACCAUUCACAAUCCGUAUGUGGGACGAGCACUCAAUGUUUUUUUUUCCUUUUUUAUGCAUUUUAACUCAUAAAUAAACUUUGGCAAGAGUAAUCUACAAUGGAGGUGAUAGGAUUUGCUCUAUUCUGCCUAUAUUCAAUCAUAUUCACUCCACUGAAGGAGAAAGACCUCCUCACCAAUUUUACAUUUUAUUCUAUCUGAAGCUUUACUCUGCCUAACAAUGCCACUUUGUGCUGUUAACUAAUUUCUCCGUCUUCUGUUUUGUCUCCCUCUUUUUCUGAUGUGAUAUCUAGAAAUGUGUCCAUCAUACCUCCUGGCAGGUGUCCUGCCCACCUCCAUUUCUUUGAUUUGAUGGUCAACAUGAUAUCCUAUACUCCUGAUUUCUGUGUUAAGUCUGUUUUUGACACCCUGUCAUUUUUAUUUUAUUUACACCUAUCAUUAUUCUUUCCGUUCCGUCACCCUAAGUCUUUUCUUUAAACAUUUGAUGGUUGUCCAGAAUUCGGCACCAUUUGAGAGAUCAGGUUACCGGUACGUCUUUUUGUGUCUUUCUUGCAAUCUCCAGGUCUCAGUUGAAUUUCAAAGUUUACCAACUUCUCACUUGAUGAUACACACACAUAUACUGUGUGUGUGUGUGUAUAUAUAUAUAUGUAUAUAUAUAUUUAAAAAAUAUAUAUAUAUAUAUAUAAAUAUAUAGCUGCAUUGUUAGCCACCUCGUACUGUCCGUAUUUUACAAUUUAAAAUGUAUAAAAAAGAAAGACAGAUGUGUUCUUGUCUUACCUAGGGAUUGUGAAUGAUGGGCAAAAUCCCCAUAAAAAAGUGCGAUCCCCUUUUAAAAAGAACCGAUAGAAUAUUUUCACUUAUUUCCCCCUAAAUUCAUAAAUGGAAUAACAACAUAUUCACAUAAAAGUGUUGCGAUACUUUCCCAGGAACACGUCACACCCUCACCUUUAACAGACUUAUCCUGACAUUUGCCACAAAGUCCAUCAUGACCAAUAAUAUAAUUGACAUGUACUAUUAUUAACACCCUGUUACUUCUUUUAGAUGCACACUCUGUUCCAACACACAUUCGGCACUUUGAUCAGCAUCAGGCUGUGUUGACCUUUGACCCUGGCCUGUCAUAGCAUAAUUGAAUUAGAUGAACUGUUGGGAUCAGUAUACUCAGAGAUAUGAUUUAUGUAAGUAGGAAUCAUGAACUGUUUGGAUAAUUAAUUACUCUUAGUCAUGAUCAGUGUGUGUAUAGUAAUAUUCUGCAAAGACCAAAUGUGUGUUUUUGAAAAAAAAAAAAAGGAUGGUUUUACGACCCCUUGCUAGCUAGUACAUGUAUCGAUCACAUGUUGACGGACCUUCCCGGAAGCACGAACGUUAAGGACAACAUUGUUUAGUUUUGUCAUGAGUUGAGGACACUUCUGCUCAAAUGUGUGACAUGCAGGUGGCAAUCAUCUAUGCUCAUGUCAUGAGAAAUAUUAUUUUUACACCAAAAAGUGCUGAGUGAGUUCAUUAUUGUUUUUUGUUUUAAAUGUUAGUCUGCCCAGAGACAACAGGUGGAAAUUAUCCUUUGACUAGAA